AUGAAAUACCUUGGCAUCCUUGCUAUCCCCUCCAUCUUGGCCGCUGCCAACCCCCUUUCCCCCCGUCAAGAGGAGGGGCAAGUAGCGCUCGACGCUGACAAGCUCUUGAACCUCCGUGCCAGCUUCUGCCUCGACUACACUAAGCCAGAGUGUGAGGCCGCAAUUCAAAGCUGCCAGGCCGACGAGUCCAGACUUGAUGAAGACUGCAUUCUGAACGAGUAUCCGGAUUGCAUCGAGGACGAAACGUCGGCUUGCUCACAGGCUGCUGCGCAAUGCCUCUCAGACUAUGGAGAGGAAAUAGACGCUGACCAGGCCGUCGAAUCCUGCAUCAUCGAAGACGUAUUCCCCGAGAGCGAGGAAGAGAAACAGCCCACCGAGGACGACGGCGACGACGGCGACGAGGGCAUGUCCGACGAGAUUGGCGACGAGGAAGAAGCCCCUAGCAGCUCAGUGAAUCCGGAACAAGCUGCUGUAUGUAAGAAGGCGAGCGCCGAGUACGAAGUGGUUAUCCUCAAUGAAGACUGCAAAGAGUUCAAUGACGUGGAGGAAGGCGUGGAUGAGAUGAGCGAGUCGUCGGCUUGCGAGGCGGCGAGGGCCAUCUUUGAAAAGACCUGGACGGAGAAUGACUGCGACGCAACAAUCCGUCCUCAGGAAUAG